UUAUAGAAGUAUUGCCUCUUAAUCUAAUGUUCUGGUAUAUUUUGAGAAAAAAAAGUUCUCAUCCGCUUGUCGAGUAUAAAAUGAAGAGAAAUGGUAAACCUCUCAGAAAAUAAAAAAGACGUUGGUGAGCAGAACUAUCGUCAGGUAUCAGAUAAUGAACAAAAUGACUAUGGACACAGAAAGCUUCAUAGACGGAAAAAGUAGCAGACGAUCGGGAGUUCAAAUGGCAUUCAACGUCAUUAUCAUUGCUUCAAUUGUAUUCAUCGCUGUCAUUGGUCAAUACCAACUACUUAGACUCUCAAGUCGGGUCGAUAGUCAAGAUGUUCUUCUGAAAAUUUCCGAAACAGAGAAUCCAACAUCUGACAAGUCGAAGCGAAGUACCAGUUAUUGCAGUUGCCCACCUGGACCAAAAGGGGAUAAAGGAAGCAAAGGAGACCGUGGAUGGAAAGGAGAUAAAGGUGACAAGGGUGACACCGGACGUCCAGGGGCACCAGGACCUAAAGGACCACCUGGAAUGAAAGGUGUCGGCGUGAAAGGAGAUAAAGGAGACACAGGACCCAAGGGACCCCAAGGUGAAAGGGGACCGAAAGGGCCAAGUGGCAACGACGGGCCAAAGGGAAGUCGAGGUGAAACUGGAAGCCGUGGUCCCCAGGGAAGUAAAGGCCCACAGGGUGAACGUGGGCCACCUGGACCUCGUGGUCCACAGGGAACAACCGGACCCAAGGGUGCAAAGGGAUCUAUAGGACAAGCAGGACCUAAGGGUGACCGCGGCCCACCAGGACCUGCAGGUAAAGACGGAGAAAAAGGAGAUACGGGCAGGAAAGGUGAUACCGGUGCCCGUGGGCCAAAAGGCGAUACUGGCGAUAAAGGAGACACAGGACCCAAGGGACCCCAGGGUGAAAGGGGGCCGAAAGGCAAACAAGGUGACCAAGGACCAAAAGGGCCUCAAGGUAUUCGUGGUGAGAAAGGUCCACAGGGUUCUACGGGAGCUCCAGGACCUAAGGGAGAUCGAGGCUAUCCAGGCCCAGCCGGACCACCAGGUGGUGGUCACUAUUAUUAGAUGUCAUUGCUCAUAUUAUUUCGAUGUUCUAACGAUAACCAAUCGAGAGGCUUUAAAAAAUUCAUAUUUUCUGUCCUUAUUUACUGAUAGCAUCAUGACUAUUGACCAAUCAAAAGGUAGCAUUAUGGCUAUUAACCAAUCAACGGAUAGCAUUAUAUUGCCAUUGACUAACCAAUAGUUAACGUUGUUACAAUUUCUAAUAGUUUCUCGUCAGGUUAAAUAUAAGUUUUAUCUAUCUAUGAUUUCAAUAAAGACAAAUUGAUUGAUUGUAAUA